AUGCCGACUCAGUUAGAACUCCCUACCGAGAUACUUUUAUCCAUAUUUCGCUAUUUAGACGACUUAGACGAUGUAUUCCACCUUGCACGCAGCUGUAGACAGUUGCAUGACGUGUUGGAGGGGUCAGGUAACCGCCUACACGUGUUUCGAUCCGUGAUAACCAACGCUCCCCAUCAUCGAUAUGAUGUCGACCUAUCCCGGCACCUGCAAUUAUAUGGCAAUUUUGAGCCGUACUAUGUAACCUGGUCCCGCGACAGACCACCCUUAUCAGCGCGGCCAACCCCAGCUGAUAUUUUUAAUUCCCAUGUCCAAAGAGCAGACCCGCUCCCAGAAGACAUGGUCUGGUCCAUUGUUUGUCGAUGGCAAGGGCUGCAUCUCCUGUACCAGCUCUAUUGCCACCCGCCGUUGCGUACACUGUAUUUUCGCUCUCGACCACCGGACUGGCUGGGUAGCGACAGUGCUGAAGAAGAAUGCAAUCUUACAGAAACUGACCGUCUCGUGGAGCCGAUAGUCACUUCGCAGGGGGAUGUCUCACUUGAUGUUGGUGCGGUAUGUCCUGGUCAGAACCGUCGGUCAUAUCAGCGUUUCUACCAGGCCUUGACCGCGCAGUGGCUGGCGGUAGAGAUGCUGUGGCUAGCCCGAAUUUCUGUAUAUGAUACACCGUCGGAUCAAAAUCGCUAUUUCGUGCAGGUAUGGAAGAUAUGGAGCGACAACCGAAGCCGGACACUGCAGGAAAAAUUAGAUGUGCUCGAGAUAUUUGACUUUGUGUGGAGUUUUCUUGGGCGGAAAAGCUUUGAAAGUAUUGCUAGGGAGUGGGACAGGCUGACUGGCGAAUAUACAAGAUUGGAGGAUGGCGGCGACGACUUUAGGAGCGCCCACCGACCGGGUUGCAUGAGAGCAGUGACCCAGUACCUACGGCCUCCCAACAUUAUCGAGCUCUUUCUAUGCUCCACACGUAGACCUUCUCACUCUUGGAGUAUCAAGCGACUUCAGUAUCUCCGUACGCUAGGAUUCUUUGAUGAAAAGAAUGGUAUUUGUCGACGACUGGACGGAAGUGAGUCAUCCGAUUUCCGAUGGUGGUGGUAUUGUCCGGUGAACCUCCUGGAGCAUGACGUGCUUGUGGGCAUACAAACUAGUAUUGAUCCCAAUUCCUGUCCGGCUUCGGAUAUAGUUUUGGAGUAUGUUUGGGGGACAUAUCGACACACGGCUUGGGACUUCGAUGCCAAAGGCCACAUAUUCUUCCGGGAGGAGACAAGUGAACGUAUCUUUUCGCGGAUGGCAAAAACACUAGCUCCACAUCUCAGAUCACACCUUUCAAACCUGGACAACGAUGUCAAUGUUCCUGCAGAUUAG